UCGAAGCGGGCUUGGAGGCGGGCGCUCGUCGGCAGUGGCCGUGGCUGCUACUGUGCGGCCUGCGGACGGAGGCGGCCGGGGUCGCGGUCACAGCUCCCUCGUCUCGCCAGCCAUGGCGGCGCUGGGCCGGCCCUUCAGCGGACUCCCCCUGAGCGGCAGCUCGGAGUUCCUGCAGCCGACGCCGGCCUUCCCGGGCCGGGCCUUCCCACCGGGAGCCGACGGCUCGGAGCGGACCCCGCGGCCGGGACCCCGCGCUGUCCCCAGCAACCCGGGCGGGAGCGCCGCGCGCGGACGUGUUUCCGUUCACUGUAAAAAGAAACACAAGCGAGAGGCUGAAGACGACGAUUGUCCAGUAAGAAAGAAGCGGCUGACUGAGGCGGACUUCUGUGCUGGUGGUAAUGCAUGGAUUCAGAAUGUGGAGUGUCAUCCAGGAAACCUGUGCUCUAGUGGCCUUUCUGUGCCUGGUAUGAUAGAUGUUGCUUGUGAAGAAAUGGAUCAGACUACUGGAGAACCUCAGUGUGAAGCUGCCCGAAGGAGGCUUCAGGAAAUUGAGGACAGGAUAAUUGAUGAAGAUGAGGAAGUUGAAGCUGACAGAAAUGUUAAUCAUCUCCCUAGCCUUGUCCUUUCUGAUACCAUGAAAACAGGUUUGAAGAGGGAAUUUGAUGAAGUUUUUACAAAGAAGAUGAUUGAGUCUAUGAGCCGUCCUUCCAUGGAGCUCGUGCUCUGGAAACCUCUUCCUGAACUCCUUUCUGAUAAGCCAAAGCCAUCAUGUAAUACUAAGAACUUCAUGGGAGAAAGCCAAACUAAGCAUGUAGCUUCUGCCACUGCCUUCCCACAGAGAACUGAACUGUUCUUGGAACCUUGGCAAACAAGGAUGCCACUUUACAAUAGUUUGGAAACCGCUGCUAGCACAGAAGAAGAGAUGGAACUCUAGAAAUCAGUUUCUUACACUAAUUUGUGAAAUGCUAGAAGGUUCCUAAGUUUAGUAGUGAGCCUAUUUGCAUAUUAUAGGGACUUGAAAGUUUUAUAAAACGGGUGUAAUAUCUCCACCUGUGAUUUAGGGUGGGAUUCUCAUUUUGGGUAGCCAUUUUUUGAAUUCAACUUUUGCCAAGGAAUCUUGUCUCAAGAGAAAAGCAGUUUUCUAAUGGGCAUAUUAAAGGAACAUUACGUUAUAGUCUCUUUAAAGGCAGAUAUAGAAGCUGUAAAAGUGACACCGUCUUCUGUCAUAUUGCCUAAGCCAUUCAUACACCUGAAGAGCACUCUUGAGUUGAAAAAGUAAGACUUUCCCAACUGCUACCACCCUGCUCUGAUAGUUGACUCCUGGCAGGAGGGAAUGAAGCAGUAACUUAAGCCUCUUGGUAAUAAAUUUUAACAAGGGCUAUGAAGAUGAUCUGUUCAGCAUAGCUGUAUUGAUUGAGUAGCUGAAAGCACAUCAGUUCUGCUCUCAGCCUAGAAAAUACAAUGAAGCAUUCUAAGAGGUUUGUCCUUCAAGGCCCUUUGCCCUGUACUACUGUUGUUUCUUUUUGUCUCUUUUGCAUAAUUGAUACGUCUGAUUGCCCAGUAAUGUUUACAACUCAAGUAACUUUGAUAGUUUAAAAGAUUCUGAGGCAAGCCAUCUGCAAUUGCCCACAGAAGAAGCAUUCUUUCAUGAAUCGUAAAGAAGCACUGUAUCAGAUAAAACCAACAUUGGUAGCUUCUGUAGUUUAAAGGGAAAGGUGGUAUUAGUAUUAACAAGUUCAGUUUCUAAAUGUUUUUCUUGAAAAUGGAAUGAUUAACCAAGAGUAUAUAGGCAAGUGACAUUAAGACUUAAGCUGAAAUUGUCAAUUUAAAUUUAUGUAGUAAGUCUAUAAGUUAGUAGGGAAUGGAUUUCUGCCAGCAAGAAAUCUUAACCUCCUUGAGUACCUAAACCAGGCUUCAGGUAAUUCCUUUAGGAACUACCAGGAUCACAGUCUUGAAUUUCUCAGGAAGAACUCAUUGGUAUGAUGGGGACAGUGCAAGGUAAAGAGACAAAUCCGCAUUGCUGUGGGACAUUGACUAGAAGAUAAAAAGUAAGUGUAAUAGUGUGAUACUGGUUCUUUAUCACAGCAGGUAGCCCUCUAGUUCUAAUUAGCUUUCUGGAUUUUUUUUUUUCCUGCUUCAUAGGAGGGGGAAAAAAUGUUUUCUGCCAAGUAGAGGAGAAUUUUUAGAAACCAGCUUCCUGGCAAUUUUGAAACCCAUGCUGAAAUCCCUCCCCUUGUCACGGUAGUGGAGAAGUCACCAGUCUAUUAGUUGGACUGUUUCUUCUCUUUGCCUGUUGUUCCUGCUCUGUUUCUGUCUGGAUAGUCAGGAAAAGAUUUAAUGUUUAAUAUUUAAACAGAAUAUUUAAUAUCUACACAGUAAAAUUCUUCACACUUAACAGUAUUGAAACCAGUUGGAAACAAGCUAACAGUUUUUUAAUCUCAGACCUAGAGAUGAAUGGAAACUGUAUUCUGUAAAGAUGUGCAAGUGUUUGAUUCAUGCAGUUUGAGGAACUCCUGCCCUGAGGUCAUUAUUUAAUGGGACCAACAUGUGACAUUGAUGAUAGCCUUAAAGAAAUCUCCAUGCUGAGAAGUUGCAGUCCAAUUCAAAACCUUGAAGGGACUGAGUUAGUCCCAGUGAGUGUUAGAGUGGGAGGGAAGACACAGCUUUCCACACACCGAAGCACGCCAAUACUGUCUGCUGUAGCCAUUGUUGGUUGGGCGUCUGGUCAAAGGUCUACAUCAUGAGAAGAAGAGCACUAAAAAGCUUUGAUGGAAUUGGUAAAUACAGGAAGGAACUGAGAUUCUGCAAAUAAAAACUCAAGCAGAAUUGGUUUCAGGUGACAUCUGACAUCAUCCUGUCUGCAGGAAAGUGAAUUUCUAGUGCUUUAUCUUGCACAUGUUCGUGGCACUUGGCUUCAUCCUUGUGGUGCUUAUUCAUCUGAGCCAUCUCCACAGUCCCGAAGCCACUGCAUUCUGUUUUUGGGGUUUUUUUGGUAGCAUAAGGCCUUUUGAGUUUGCCUUUGCCUUAAGGUUUCUCUGGGGAAUUAACAGGUCUUUUCAUUUUAUAUGGUUUUUGCAGCAUGGAUCAAACAUUGGCUUAGUAUGUUAAUGUGUGAAGAGAAAACAUUGCCUAAAGCAGGUGAGCUUUAAUGAACAAAUGUAUAUUUUCUGAGUUUUGAGUAGAGUGUGUGUGGUUUUCUUGUCUGUAAUUAAUAUGAAGAAAGGGCAGUUCUCACAGAUACUAAUCAGCUAAAACAAAAAACCAACUGCUACUUAUUCUUGAAAAGGUAUAAUUGUAAAAGAUGAAUAAUUAGAAAGGGGCCUAAAACCAUGGGAAGGAUGCUUACCAGAAGGCUCGUAAUUUUGUAUCUGGAACUUGGUUAGCAAGAAUGGUGCAGUGCCAGGAAAGUUGUGGAAGACACUGUUGAUUUUACUUUAAAGUGAGAAUCUGGUGUUUCUGUAUUUUAUCAUUUUCAAUUAAACUUGUGUUUUGAAUUUUUUGAAGUAUUUGUA